AGCUCUGAGGGGAAGUGGGACGCUUCCCUGAAGAGUUUUAAAAUCUUCGGUUUAUUGCUUCCGCUUUUUACGUUGCUUAUCCACGUUCGUACUACAUUUUGCGCACUCGCAAGUAAUUAUACGUAUCAAAUUCUUUCAAAGAAACAAGAUCCAGUUCAAGGUAUUCAUUCAAAAAUAAUUCUUACUUCGAACCUCCAAGAUUUUCUUGUAAGGAGGAAAGAAUUUCAAAAGAAGAAUUUCCUUCAAAUAUUCAAGUCCAUUACAAAAGUCAUAUUCCAGAUAUUGCUUCUGGAUCUCCUCCAU